UUGGGAACUGACAGGGACCCCCUCCUCAUUAAAGAAAUUACCCGAAAGUUCAGGGGGUGUGACCAGUCUGUCCUCACUGGUAAGCCCAAAGUGUUCCUGAUCCAGGCCUGCCAAGGAAGUAACAUACAGCGUGGAGUGCAGUUGAUGGAGACUGAUGAUGAUACUUCACCAUUGACCAUCCCUGAGGAAGCUGAUGUUCUGGUUGCCAUGGCCACUGUUGAAGAUCAUGUUUCAGUUAGAGAUCCAUCAGUUGGAAGCUGGUUCGUUCAGUCUCUUUGUGAGCAGCUGAAGGAGCGCUGCCCCAGGGGCGAGGACAUCGUCUCCAUCCUCCACUUCGUGAACAAUGAUGUAGCACAUAGAAAGGGCUACUUGCGCACCCGGUCUGGUGAAGUCAAGCCAGCCAGGCAGAUGCCUGAACCGAAGUUCACUCUGACGAAGAAACUUGUGCUGCAACCACAGCACAGCUGAAGUCAUCAUGGAAACCCAGCACACCUUACUGUGCAACUAGGGAUGCAUGAUUAACUCAGUUUCUUAUAAUGUUUCUUAAAAUGUUGCUUUUAUAUUUUCCAUCUUUUUUCAUCAUUUUAAAUGUUUUAUUUUCCUAAAUCUUAA